UUAUUUAGUAUAAAGGUAAUUGCCAUAUUCUCAAAAUGGCAAGAAUACAAUCACCCGAUGAUAUUUUUUCAAAUCCAGAUUCAUCUCAUUUUUGGAAGCAGAUGAAAAACAAAUCCACAGCACCAUUUCCCAUAAAGCAAGUUCUACAUAAUCACCAAAUCCAACCAGAAUCCAACCAAACGUUGGAUGACAUCAUCGACAGUAUCCCAGAAGAAGAGCCGGCUGAAAUUGUUACUAGAAAAGACUGGGGUGCAAGAGAGCCGAGCAAAGCAGGGAAAAAAGUAAAAACCCCUGUGAAAAUCUUGGUUCUCAAAUACGGCACCAGAACUCCGCCAUGUGAGUCAAAGGAAGAAUGCAUAAAAACUGUACAAGACAUACAAAGACGCCAUAUGGACGAAAUGGGGAUGGAGGACAUUGGAUACAAGUUAAGGAUAAGUAAAAUACCUAUCAUGAUUUCAGUGAUAACAAGUAGAGGUACUUGUGACUCGUAA